AUGGCUAGCUUAUCUCCAAUUAAAUCUAUCCCUCUUAGGUCCAUUAGCUUGCCUUCUAGGUCACAUCUAAAUUCCCUCAAAAUUGAAGCUCAGCUAACCAAGCUGAAAGCUUGGGAAUCAUCUACAAAUCCUUUAGCAGCUGAGACUAUUCGAAUGAGUUUGACUAAGCUAGCUGAGUUGUUUAAUUGCAUUCAGGAACUCAUUAACUCACCACUCACCCAACAAGCUUUUCACCACCAACAUUUGAGUCAAGUGGAAGAGGCACUUGAGGGUUCGGUUGGCUUAUUAGACGUGUGUAGCAUGGUAAGAGACUUGUUCUUGACAAUGAAAGAACAUGUCCAGGACCUGCAGUCCACGCUACGUAGGCGUGGGGCUAGAGAUUCAAGCAUCGAAAGUAAUGUUCAUUCUUACAUUAGCUUCAGAAAGAAGACAAAGAGGGAAAUCACCAAGUCCAUUAGAACAUUGAAAAUAAUGGAAAGUAGUGUUAACAGAUCCUACCGUCUCAACGGGGAUGUAGACAAUCACCUAUCGUAUGUUAUUGAAGUCAUAAGAGAAGCAAGGGCAACUACGAUUUCAAUCUUCCGAUCUCUAGUUCUAUUCCUAUCCAUUCCAGAAGGGAAGACAAACACCACCGGUGGAUGGUCGAUGAUAUCAAAACUGAUACGUUCGGGGUUGCUAGCUUCUGAUAAAGGUCAGAAGAAUUUCAACGAAGUUGGGACUGUUGACGUUGCUCUAUGUUCCAUCCAUGGAAAAAUAAGGAAAAAUGAUGCCAAGGUUGAUGUGCAAGAAGUGCAAAGGAGAUUAGAGACACUUGAUCUGUGCAUCAAUGGUUUUGAUGCAAAAUUAGAUUGCAUGUUUAGAUGUUUAAUCCAGAGUAGAGUGUCCCUUCUUAAUCUUGUUACUCCUUGA